UCUGCCUCGGAGGCCAACGAUGCAGCAGAACGUGGCAUCUGCCUCGCCGACCGCCGUGGGGUCGCCCAGCUCGUCGGCGGCCAAUGCUGUCCGCCGGGCGCCGGUGACCGAGACGCCGCUCCUGCACCUUACCGACGGCGAGAAGCGCGAGUACGCGACGACCGGCCACCGCGUCUGCGCCGAGCUCAUCAAGCUCGCGGCCCUCACGCGCGAGGCCAAGGUGCGCUCGACGACGCGGGACGCAGCCUUUUGCCGACAGACAUCGACGCUCAGCAGCGUGCCAUCGCUGCAGGCGUACAUUGACCGCGUGCACCCGACGAUCUUCGACAGCCUCGACGCGACCAUGCACGUGUGCACGAUCGAGGACGCGGACGAUGGCAACCACCACCACAUUCGCCUCCAGUGGGGCUUGAUCCACGUGCCGUGGGGCCACGACCGCGAGUUCACCUACCUCGAGGUCCAGCGCAUCUUUGUGGACGCGAAUGGCUGCCGCGGCUACGCGCGGUGCCUCUACUCGGUCCCGCUCUCGAUCCAGCUCACGCCCGUCAAACGGCUCCUCGGCACGCUGUACCACUCGGGCAUUGUCGUGAAAGAGACGUCAACGCCCGGCGUCUUGGAAGAGGUGGUCCUUAUCAACAUGGCGCUCCAGGGCCACGUCCCGAUGUGGAUGACCACCAUAGUGGCCAAGAGUCUGCUCAAGCGCACGUGCCAGCUGCAACGCGCGCUCGUCGGGCGACCCUCGACGCGCCGGGUGUCGAUUUGGACCGAGACGACGACGACAGGCGAUGCGAGUACAACCAAGACGCUCUGCAAGCGCUGCACCAAGCCGCUCCCUUGGUUUCGCCUCAAAGCCAAAUGCGCCGUCUGCCUCGAGAUGGUCUGCCGCGACUGCUCGACGCACUGGGACAUUCUCUGGAACAAGUCGGACCGCGUUUGCAGGCUCUGCCACGGCCACGUCCUCUCGAUGCAAGCCAAGACGGCCGCCGCCCACGCCCUGUAACUCACACACUCCUAUAACUUAUCGCACGACAACUAUCACUUAAAUGUGGC